UCUAGAUAAAACCGGAUGUCGUGAAUCGCUCUUUUUCCGGCAUCUGCCAACUGAACGUAGUGACACAUUUUUGAUUCGCUGCAGAAAAAUCAGCUUAAAAUGUCGCUCGUGAUCCCCGAAAAGUUCCAGCAUAUUCUUCGUGUGCUCAGCACCAACAUUGACGGUAAACGUACCGUCCCGAUUGCACUGACCGCCAUUAAGGGUGUUGGUCGCCGUUACGCUCAUGUAGUGCUUAAGAAGGCCGAUGUCGACCCAUUCAAGCGCGCUGGUGAAUGUUCGGAGGAGGAGGUGGAGAAAAUUGUCACCAUCAUCUCAAACCCUCGCCAGUACAAAAUUCCGGAUUGGUUCCUCAACAGACAGAAGGACAUCAUCGAUGGCAAGUACUCGCAAUUGACCUCUGCCAACGUUGACUCAAAACUGCGUGAGGAUCUGGAGCGACUGAAGAAGAUUCGUGCCCACCGUGGUCUGCGUCACUACUGGGGUCUGCGUGUGCGAGGUCAGCACACCAAGACUACUGGCCGACGUGGACGUACCGUUGGUGUCUCCAAGAAGAAGUAAGCGGUGAUAGGAAUGUCGCGGUGGAAAGUGUGUUUGUAUAUUUAUUCAUACAAAGCGCAGAAAAAUUGAGAAUGUUGAACCGUUUGUUUGUGAUUGCGAAAUUCGGAUAAAUGAAAUAAACGGUUUAGCGAAAGGAUUGAAUGUUU